UUACGCGUGUCAUAGCAUGCGUCUGGCAGAGUGUUUGACAUUUACGUUACAGGGAUAGUGUGUGUGAAAGGAGCUAGCCUGUCAAUGAAGCGCAGGGUAGCAAUGCUAGAGAAUAUGUCGAGCCAUAUUUUAUUUUAAAUAGCGUCAUCUUUUUUUUUUUGCUACCAAGUUCCAUGCCCGUCUCGGGAGACACUGCAUCCAGCCCAGCGUUGGAUAUGAAACUACCGAACAAACAACGUGUUCGCUAACAUCUUCAGGGCUAGCAUGCUGCAGAGUGCAUUAAGGUCGUUUCCAGGAGUUUGGCUGUGAAAUGUGGUUGGGUAAAUCUCGCGUUAGGUGAAGAUCACACUGUUUGUAGUUGUUCCGUGUUGUGCACUCUACUGGUCGCGGUUUAAAUCUCACUUCUCCGCGGACCAGUGCACAAGGUUAAGAGUGGCAAUAGCUAGCUAGCCCUACCAGCACUUUUUGCAUCAGUUUGCCCUCACUUUCCCACGCUUGUCCCCAAAGACAGGUGCUGUGGUCUAAGUAGGUCAAGUGUGGUCGGGAACGCGAACCCCCCUACUGUAAUCGCAGGGAUUAUACGAUAUUUAAUUAUUUCUAAUAAUUGAUCGGGCUGUUUUGAGUGGAGCCAGGAUUCACGAUGCUGCUGUCCUUCAUUGUACAUACAUACUCGCUGCGGUAUUGGUUCCCUGCCACUGUCAUGCUGGGCACAGCCCCGGCGUACAUCCUGUCGUGGUGGGUAUGGCGCUUGUGUUCCACGGUGUUACCCCUAAGACUUUACCACAAACUGGACGAUCGCCUCUACUGCGUCUACCAGAGCAUGGUCCUCUUUUUCUUUGAGAACUACACGGGAGUGGAGAUUGUAAUAUACGGAGAUAUACCAAAGAAGAAGGAAAAUGUUGUCUACCUGUCAAAUCACCAGUGUACAGCGGACUGGAUCAUAGCCGACAUGCUGGCCAUCAGACAGGAUGCCCUCGGCCACGUGAGGUACGUCCUGAAAGACGGGCUGAAGUGGCUCCCGCUGUACGGGUGGUAUUUUUCCCAGCAUGGAGGUGUGUACGUCAAGCGAAGUGCAAAGUUUGAGGAGCAGGCGAUGAAGAAGAAGCUGCUAACGCAGGCCGAAGCAGGAACACCAAUGUAUCUUGUCAUCUUUCCGGAAGGAACCCGCUAUAAUCCGGAGCUCAAGAAUGUCAUUUCUUCCAGUCAGGAAUUUGCUUCUAAAGAAGGGCUGGCUCUCCUGAAGCACACUCUGACCCCCAGGAUGAAGGCCUCUCAUGUAGCCAUCGAGGCCAUGAAGGACCACCUGGACGCGGUGUACGACGUCACCGUGGCCUACGAGGGGACGCUGGACUCCGCGGGCCACAGGCUACCGGCCCCGACCAUGCCAGAAUUCCUGUGUAAAGAAUGUCCCCGGGUCCACAUCCACUUUGAGCGGGUGGCCAUGAAGGAAGUCCCCAUCGAGCCGCUGUUCUUCCGCCGGUGGCUCCACGAGAGGUUCGAGAUCAAGGACCGACUGCUGACCAGCUUCUACGAGUCGGACGACGCCCAACAGAGGAGCCGCUUCCCGGGGGAAGGGCGACGCUCUGCGCUGAGCAUCGCCAAGACCCUCCCCUCCAUGAUGGUCCUGGGGGGCCUCACCGUCCCGCUGCUCCUGACCGAGUCGGGCAGGAGCUUGUACGUCAGGACCUGGGUCUACGGCACUCUCCUGGGGUGGCUGUGGGUGAACGUCAGCCCCUAGGGAGCGCACAGCAACACGCACGCAGACACGCGUGUGUCGGUUUACACCGGAUGAUCGCCGCCACCGCGGCGACGCACACAAUAAACGGGGGAGGUGUUGCCGGGUGAUUUUUUUCUUUUUCUUUUUCUUGUGCAGCGACAAGA